AUGGCUUGGGCGGCAAUUUCUAAAGGCCACUUCCAACGGCGAGCUGGAGAAAAUGAGCUGAUGAUCAAAUUGAUGGGCGAUACUGGGAAGGCUUUGGAGAGAGAACAUUGGUCUGUAACCUCUCAGGCCUCUUUCAAACUGUUAGGGUCCCUGCAAGAGACGGAUAUUGUUACGAGACUUAGGCACGCAUGGAUGUCUUUGCGAUUCCAACAUCCAGGUAUUGCUACCGUUUUCAAUGGCGAGUUGCUUGAAUAUGUUGUUCCAGACAGGCAAGCCCUUCAGAAGUGGGCCAGCGAGACGUUUAUGCUUGUCAAAGACGAUGGCAAAACCGCCGCAGGGGAUGUCAUCGCCAGGCUUUCUCCAACCCCACAGGCAACGAUGCAUUACCUUGAAGGCCACGACACCGUCAUCCUACACACAGCUCACUGGCGCACCGAUGGAUACGGUGCUCUGCAGCUCAUAAAUGACUUUCUGCAGUUGGCUGUCAAACACAAUGACACUAAAGACCCUGGCAGCCUGACAUGGGGGGAAGAAGUCUCCCGACUGCCCGUGAGCGUUGAAGAGGCCCUCCUGGUCCCUCCCUCUCCAGCGCCCGCAGCGGUUGUGACGGAAGCCAGGCGAUGUUUUGCCACCACGGCACUGGCCCUAGGCGCCGUCGGGCUUCCAUAUCUUGGCGGUGCAACCACCAAAGCCCGGGGAACGCGAGGUGAGACGAUUCGCCUAUCGCGUGCGGAGACGGAGGCCAUCAUCUUGGGAUGCAAAGCCCGGGGUCUUAGCUUUGAGGCAGCACUUCAUGCAUCCAUUGCGGCAGUUGCUUUUAAAGCAGCGUCAUCCGGAGACACCCAGGCCGUCGCAGGGGAAGCCCACAGCCGACGAUACACAAGUACCAUCAGGAGGAGUUUGCGAGAAGCGGUGUCAGAGGUGAGCGGCACCCCGGCCUCUUUUGCAGCACUCUACACUUCUGGGUGGUUUGUCGCUGUGGAGGAGGGGCGGCCGUGGGGCGAGUAUGCGGCCGUGUUUGAAAGGGAAUACGCUUCCUCGCUGUCGAAGGAAUUCCUUCUUGCUCGCAGGGCGUAUGCCAAUCUUGUAUUAGAGCGCCUACGGAAUCCACCUCAGCCUUCAUCCACUACUGGGGGUGGGGUGUUGCCUAGUGGCAUCGAUAUCUCCAGCGUUGGAGAUGCAGCGGUUUUGGUGGACCCUAUCCACCGUAACCCCGGUCCGGGACUAGAGAAGCAGGGGAGGCAGGGAUAUGAGGAUGACAUCGAGGAUACACGUGGACUUGAAGUGCUUCGUGUCAGCGUUGGAGUAGAGACGUUAACACGCCAUACGUACUGCUUCGUAUGGAUAUUCAGGGAUCGUUUGGAGCUGAAUCUUGUUUAUAAUGAGGCUUUUUACGAGUCACAUACGAUACAGGGACUUCUCACGCAGAUCAAGAAAGUUCUUGUAGAUCAGUCUUCCCAGAAGAUGGAAUAA